AUGUCGAGUGAGGAUACUGUCAAGCGAAGAGAGCGAUGGCUAAGGGCAGCUAUGUCGGGGAAGGCCGCCAAGAAGGGGUCUCCCUCCCCAAAGGCGCCUCGGAAGUCAAUCCAGGAGAGCGACCCCUUGGCUGUUUCAGGCCCAUCGCUGGAGAUGUGGGAAGGGGACCACGAGAAGCUUGCCAAGUGGUCUUUAGAGCAGGAUGGAGUUAUAACCACAUGUGAUAUUUCUCAUGAUGGUAAAUAUGUCAUCUCGGGUUCAGAUUUGGAAAAUGCUUUAUUCAUCUGUGAUAUGGAGCAUGCUAAACCAGUGGCAUACAUCAGAGAUUUAUUUCACCUUUUGCAUUUUGUUUUCAAAACAGUGAAUCUCUUCUUGUCUGGGAAAAUUCAAAGUGCCGUCCCUUCAUUAGCUGCUUGCAGCGGGAAACUAGAGCAGCACACAGAACGCCGUGGGGUGAUUUACAGCCCUUCUUGGCCCCUGAACUACCCUCCAGCCACCAACUGCAGCUGGUACAUCCAAGGCGAUCGUGGAGAUGUGAUUACUAUUAGUUUUAAGAACUUUGACUUGGAGGAGUCCCCCAAAUGCUCGGCCGACUGGCUGAUGAUCGGACCAUCUUCCAAGCGGGAGGAAUACCGGGUCUGCGGCUCCUUCAUCCCUCCUUCCUUCAUUUCUGCAAGGGAUCACAUCUGGAUAUUUUUCCAUUCAGAUUCAUCAAGUUCGGGGCAGGCGCAGGGAUUUCGCCUUUCUUACAUUCGAGGAAAAGUUGGCCAGCCCAAUUGCCAGUCUGAUGAGUAUCAUUGCCUGAAUGGCAAAUGCAUCCCAGGCACAUGGAAAUGCAAUUCCAUGGACGAAUGUGGCGACAACUCGGACGAGAAGAACUGCACUAUUCCCCCAACAGAGCCACAGUCCAGCAUCUGUCCUUCUGGAACUUUCCAAUGUAGCGCAGCCCGUUCCACCAAAUGUUUAUUGAAUGAAUUGAAAUGUAAUGCAGUUAAAGACUGCAGCGACGGCUCCGAUGAAGAAAAUUGCCCCGAUCUUUCCUGUGGGAAACGGCUUGGGAACUUCUAUGGGUCUUUCGCUUCCCCGGAUUUGUUUCGCUCGGAUCACAGCCGGGCAGAUCUGCGCUGCACGUGGUUCGUGGACACACAAGACAACCGCCACGUCAUCCUUCAGCUCGACUUGCAGCUCGGGUACAACGAUUACAUCAAGGUGUAUGACGGCUUAGGGGAGAAAGGGGAUAAACUUAUGCAAACGCUUUCAUAUCACAAUAACAGGCACUCGGUCAGCCUGGAGUCCUCCAAGGGCCAAAUGACGAUAGCAUAUCAUGCCCGGUCGAAGAGCACCGGUCACGGCUUCAAUGCAACUUACCAGGUAAAAGGCUAUUGCCUUCCUUGGGAGCAUCCUUGCGGCAACGAUGAGGAAUGCUACACCGACAAGCAGCGUUGUGAUGGAUGGUGGCACUGCCCCAAUGGCAAAGACGAAGACGAUUGCCCCGCCUGCCAGAAGAACGAAUACCCCUGCGAAGGAAACAGCGGGAUGUGCUAUGCAUUACCCGAACGUUGCAACAAUCAAAAGAGCUGUCCUGAUGGCUCAGAUGAGAAGAAUUGCUUCACGUGCCAACCUGGCAACUUCCACUGUGGCACCAACCUGUGCAUUUUUGAAACGUGGCGCUGCGACGGACAGGAAGAUUGCCAGGACGGAAGUGACGAGCACAACUGCCUGGUGACUGUGCCAAGGAAGGUCAUCACGGCGGCGCUCAUUGGGAGCCUGGUCUGUGGGUUGCUGCUAGUCAUUGCCUUGGGAUGUGCCUUCAAGCUGUACUCACUGAGAACCAGGGAAUACAGGGCGUUUGAGACCCAGAUGACGCGCCUCGAAGCCGAGUUCGUCAGGCGUGAAGCUCCUCCUUCCUAUGGGCAGCUGAUUGCGCAAGGGCUCAUCCCGCCAGUAGAAGACUUUCCUGUUUACAAUGCCUCACAAGCUUCUGUGCUGCAGAACAUCCGGACGGCAAUGAGGAGGCAGAUGCGGCGUCACUCUUCUCGGCGCAGCAGCGCUUCCCGCCGGCGCCUGGGCAGGUUGUGGAGCAGAUUCUUCCACAGGCCGCGGGUGAGAGGCCAAAUCCCGCUUUUAAACCCCACUCACACUUCGCAGACGGUGCUGGGAGAUGGCAUCAUCAAUCGCACAGCUGGGGCGGCUGCCCAGAGCCCCUCUUCGCCUUCUCCUGAAGGACCUCAUGUCGAAACAGAGACUUGCAGCCCUAAUAGAGGGGUCCCUGAAUCGGAAAACAGCCGUUUGCCUUUGCAGCCUGAAAUCACAGGUCUGUCAUCCCCUUUGGGCAUUUUGCCAAACGCUUGCACGGCCGCCCUGUCAGAGCCAGGCGAUGGACACAGUGACAAGCCUUUGGGUGCCGAGGACGCCUCCGCCGAUGAGGUUGGAGAAACCAGCAAGGUUGACUCAGGAAGAACAUUUAGAGACCCUUUGUUGGAAAGGGUGACGGAAAUGCACCAGCACGUUGGGUCAACUUCAAGCGGAACUGUUGCCGAGAGCAGGAAUCCCAGCAGGAAUUGUUUACGGAGCGAAGAGCCGUGUCGUCUUCCUUUUAAGACGUGGGAGCCCACGUACUCUGACAGCCCAGUGAAUGUCUCCAUUCAGGCGGAUGGGCAGCACACAUAUCACAGUGAACCUCUGGGCCUUCACUCUGCUUGCUGCCGUUCCAUGGAAGUGCCAAUGCUAGAAUCCCCUGUGCAGGAAAUCAGCCCCAGUGACGACGAAUCUUUGCUGGUUUGCUAAUGGAAUGUUACUGGGUUCCGUCACAGGCCUUGUUAACCUUUUACAUUGUAUUGCGAUAGUACAUCAUCCAUAACCACCUCCUUGUUGUCUCUGCUAUCACGCUGCCUUGAUCUCCAGGGGAGCAGCAUAUCGUUGUCAAAAUUAAAUAGGAGAAAUUUGGCCUCUGCAGCUGAGCCAAAGCGUUUAAAUUAGCAUUUUUCCCUUCCUUUCAA